GUACCAAAGUUCGUAAUAUCAUAUUUUAUUAGUUUUAAAUUAUUAUUUAGAAAAAAUGCCGAUCCUAACUCCGGCAAUCAAACUCGUGGUUUUCAGGCAAAGUCUUCGACCACAUUCCGCUGUUGCAUUCCUCGUUGAGUUCCUCUGCUUUGUCUUAGAGCUACUCGACAAGGAGAAAGAUCUAGCAAAGAUAUUCGGCAUAGUUUCUGCUUGCGACACAUUAAUCUUCACUAUGCUCGAUAUAAUCCAAAAUAUGAUCGAAGAAGGAGUGAAAAUACGAAGAUGCGGUCAAGUGUUUUGGCUUUACAAAAACGAUGGGAGUCUCUAUUGGCACACGCUAAACGCGUAUCUACUGAUGUUGUCCAUUGUCCACGUCAUUGGCUCUGCCAUUUCUUAUAGGUCUCGUAGACGUUAUCUAGUGUUGCUCCCGCUUUUUAUUGCUGGCCUUGAACUUCUUCCUCAAGAGGCAUAUCAGGUUCUUGGAAGUGAUCAGAGUCUGAACCUUCAAGAUUACGUUGAGCCAGAUCAAGUGCCACAAGAUUGUAUUGGGCCUCUUCAGAACCCAUUAGAUGGUAUUGAGCUGGAGGAAGGCGACAGAGUGCUAGAUCAAGAAUUUGCUGACAACAUUGGACCUGAUGGUGGACAUGGUGGCUCGUAAAAAAUUAAGGCUUACAGAGGAAUAUAAGCUGAAAAUAUAUCGUAUUAAUAUAUACAUAUAUUUUGCUAAAAAAAUACAUAUAUAUUAUGGA